GAAUUAAGAAGUGGUUUCUAAUUAUCAUUCAAGUGUAAGUGCAAUAUAAAAAAAUACACAACGAAAAUACUUAAUGCAGUCUGGGUCACGAGCGGUGCGCGGUGGUGGUGAGCGCCCGCGCCAUGGUCAAGCAAAGUUCAGUCAAUCGCCGGCGCAGUAGUGGACGGACGCCAUGACGCUCACGCAGUUCACCCGCGACCAGGUGGCCACGCACAACCGGUUGGAAGACGCUAUGAUCAUCAUUGACAACUUAGUCUACAACGUGACGACAUUCCUAGAAGACCAUCCGGGCGGACCGGAAGUGUUGUUAAAUAAUGCGGGGAAAGACGCGUCGCAGUGUUUCAGUGACGUCGGUCACAGCGACGAUGCCAAGGCCUGGCGUCAGGAGUUCCUGGUCGGGGAAGUGGUGGCGGCGGAGAGGAGGGAGGUGAAGACGCCGGCGCCCUCCUGGGUCGGGGCGGAGGACACUGUCACUCUGGCCAGCGUCGUCCACGUGUGGGGGCCACCGAUCGUCAUGGCGAUCGCAUCUACUUUACUUUAUUUCUACUUGUUUUCCUAAUGAAUAGCUGUUUACGUGAACUGGACAUGUACUAGAGUGCAAAACAGUUUUUCGCAGUGUCACGAUGAUACUGGCAGCCUAGGUACCUACUUAAUUAUCGGUGGAAUCGGUGCUGGAUAGCUAUUAACGUUGUAUUGGGCAUAAAUAAGUACCUACUCUGAGAAACAUGAUUUGUUGAAAAUGGACGAUGUCAUGAUUCGGCAAUUUAUUAAUAUGUGUGUUUGUGUGAGUUGCCGUGUCGUUAUGAGGUAGCUGUAGACAUUAGGUAUGCAUAACUGGACUGGUUUUCGUUCGCACUUAUUCGAAACAACUCGAAUCAAAUUAUGACUUGCAAACAUAAGGUUUACAUUAAUUAUGUUUGUUGUAUACCUAUUUGUGUUGUGAUAUAUUUAGGUAUAUAUAUAUAUAUAUACAAAUCAUUUUAAUUUUGAUAUUAUUGUAAUACAAAUAUUAUACAUAUACUUAUCCCCAUCAUCCAAUAACUGUAAUACUCUGGCAGGAUCUAAACACUAUAAAACUAACUAGUCUUUCACAUAAGUAGCAAUAAAACAGCAAUAAAUAGCCUUGAUAGUCCUAAUCCGCAACACAGAGUCUCAUCCACAGGUAAACUAACAUCUAGAUAGAAGGCUAGAAGGUUAACUGGUAGGCAUAAUGCUUUUAGCAUUAAAUCCGCGCUUUGUACCAUAUUUUAAAUUUUAAUUAUAAAUGCGAUAGUAAGUUUAUUAUCUCUUCACGCUUUAUCUUCUCAACCAAUCUUUUCAUGUAGUUUGUACGGAGAACCAAAUACCUUUCAUCUUGGAAAAAUAAAUGUUCCCGUGGGUAAAUCUCGCGGGCGAAGCCGCGGACAAAAACUAAAUAAAGUUGGUAAAUGAAGAUUGAAUAAAUAAAUAAGUAAAAUAGCUAUCUAUUGCUUCAAAAUCAUUAGUAGUAUAUCUGUGUUGUUCUUAUAAAGCUUACAAUAAAAAUUGAUGACUGAAA